CUGAAAGUAGUUGUGAAGAGUUUAAAAUGCAUGAUUCAUCUUCGUCUGAAACUUCUCCUUCAUUUCGCCAUCGAGAAGAGAUGAGGCCUCGUAGAUCUCCUCCGCCUCUUGUUUCGUUAGAUGGUUCUCGGAGAGGCUCGCUUGUUGGUCUUCAAAGGCUGGUCUACAGCUCGCAAAUUUUCGCACAUUCACGAGCAUCCCACGAAGACUCGAGACCUGUUGCGAAUAUAGGCGACAAUGUGGUGGAAGUAAAAACAGGUAUUUUUAAAACUCUUUUUUAAUUUUUAGUACUUCUAAAUGUUUUAGCAGUAGUUAAGGAUAUUUAAUUCGUAUCCGAAGACACUUAAGUACAUAUAAUGCGUCAUUUAGCGUUGAAUUAUUAAAUCCGAGGAAAACAAAAAGAAAACAAUUCACAAGAUUUUGGAGAAAGUACAUGUUUUCUUUGCUAAUAAAAACUAAGGUUUCAAAAAGCGUUUAUAAAUAUUCUGAAAAUCUUUGUUUUUGCUUUUUACCAUUAUUCAAAGCUUUUUAAUCAUUUAUGAUUUGUCGCAAAGUAAUAUUUUUGCUCAGCGUGAAAUCAUCAUUAAGUUUUCUCAAAAUUCCAGAGGAGUUCUCUCCUAUUUUCUUCAUCUGACAAAUGCAUUUGCCCGCAAUAGGCCCUGUACAUAAGAUAUCUGUCCUCAGCGGUUAGUGAUAUAAAAGAGGUAUUUUUGAUGUGUUUGAUAACAAACAUUCCUGAAUUUUGAGGUUUUCAAAGUAAAAAUAUAAUGGAAAUUGUAAAUAGCUCUCGCGCGAAUGAUACCUGCGGUGCAACGGAAGUCAAUGUGGAUCUUUUAGAGCGUAAUUAUUUGAUGCAGUUGUAAUUGUUAUGAUGCCAGUAGGGACAGACAAUGUGGAACAAGACAGUAUAUUGCUGAUUAGCUUUAUUCAUAAAUAAACGGUUACCAGUGGGUUUUGAAAAAGAAAAAUAAUAGUAUUUACUUUUCGAAAAGCGAAAACCCCAUGCAAUAAAAAUUGAAUUUUGGCAUAAUGGCCAUUAAAAUGUUCAAGACGGAUAUAUGUAUAUCCAAGCAAAAAAGGGGGAAAGGCUGAAAAGGUCAUGACAGAUCAGUUUAGCUCUUCUCGUGGUAAUUAUCAACAUAGUGAUUACUCCGCCAUCGCGUGCGAAGAAGUAGCGGGUAGGUGAAGCUCUCACGCAAGCAACCUUCAACUUGUCUUGCAUGAGAAACCCCAGUUCUUCUUGUUAAAGCUUCACACAUCACGCUCCACUGCGCGAUUUUACAAGUAAUGAUUAAGAAAAUAACCCCUGGCACCCAGGGUAACCAAUUUUCUCCUCUUCGUAACAUUUUAGUUUUCCAAAUCUCAACGGAUGAUUGUAAGAGCUUUGACUGCCAUUUUUUAAAAAUUCAUUUUCCCUCAUAUGAAAAGAGAAGAGGAAGGGACGGUGCGCGUUAUCGAACAGUAUACGGAGGGGAUAUUAUUAACAAGAAAAAAGCAUCGCCGGUAUGAAUGAUUUUUUUGUGCUUUAAACCCCGACGGGGUACUCCUAGAAAUUCUUGGUGGGGGUGUGCCGCCCUGUUCUUCAAACCCUGACCCUGUUUCAGACCAUAAAACAUGUCAUUUUCCACACCCAUUUUGAGACCAGGGACCCGUUUCUCGAAAGCCCCGAUAACAAACGGGCCCGAAGUUCCCUCUAAAACAAUGCCUAAGUUCAAAACAAAAUGGGCGAAACGGCGCGAAAACCAUACCCUUUGGGGCGGUACAUACCUAUAUGACUUAUUAUAAGGGAGUGCCCCCCCCCCCUUGGGGCUAUAAAGGCUGUUAGUACAUUCCAAUCAGCAACGGAUGGCAAGAAAUAACAUGAAAUGAAACUAGAAAAAGUCGGGCCCACCUUUUUCAAUUUCAAUUCAUGUCCAAUUUCUUUGAAGUUUUAAUUCUUUGUCCCCAAAUAUCACCAAAAAUUAUUGUGGUUUUUGCUCCCUAAUGAAUUUCUUUUUUGAUAUCUUCUUAAUGACUCUACAGGAGCCUUAGAUGCGUGAGUAAAGGCACUUAGUGAUGACUUCAGCACAGAAUUCAUCUAAAAUAGCAAUAUCCUGGAAAGCCCCUUUAAACUACCUCCUCUACCACGAGUGGGAGGUACUGGAGGGUAAAUCUCUCUCCUUCCUACUUUUUCAACCAAUACCUUCCCUCUUCUUACUUUUCCGGGCCACUUCUCCCUCCUCCCUAUUAUGUACCUUCCUCCUCUAUCACGGUAUGCGGGACUGUGUAAUUCACAAUCAUGCUUAUAGCAUUGAUGAUUAUCUUCCAGGUACCAGACCGUCACUUUCACAACCUCGUCCCAGUCUUCCAAGUCCAAAACCCAAGCGAAGCAGGACUUCGUUCACCCCCAUGCAGUUGGAACGUUUAGAGGAGGAGUUUUCAAUGGAUAUGUACGUGGUUGGUUUGAAGAGAAUGAAGCUGGCAAACGAGUUAAGCCUGACAGAAAGACAGGUUAAGGUGUGGUUCCAGAACAGAAGAAUGAAGUACAAACGAGAAAGAGCAAAGACAAGAUCAGAUGGAGGAAAGUAA